UAAACUCGUGUAACCGGGUUAACACGUCUGUGCAUGCUGAAUGUUUGUCUAGCCUGUAAAUCGUGAAAACCGCAUGUGUGAAUACCAAGCUGGUGAUGAAUAAGCCUACAGAGAGCAAACCGUCUCCAUCUUGUAAAGUGUUGAAUCACUUCUACCUGUGGAGCUCUGAACAACCUGCUCGGUUUGUGCUGUAUUUGUGAUAUCUUGAUAUUGUGUGAAGAAUUUGCUCAAGAUGAAGGUUGUACAAGUCCAUACUUGUAUUUCAUCAUCACACAGAAACAUGUUCCUGCCGAUCGUUGGACUGGUUGUUUUCGGGUUCGUCUAUCGCUGGUACAAGGAGAGAAAACGAGUGCACAACAAAGCAGACAAAUAUGUCUACAUCACCGGCUGUGACACCGGCUUUGGGAAUCUCCUCGCCAAGCACCUGGACCAGUUGGGCUUCUGUGUGAUCGCGGGCUGCUACACUGAGAAAGGCGAGGACGAGCUGAAGAAGACCUCCUCCGACCGACUGACGACCGUUCACCUGGACGUCACCGACUCUGAAAGUGUCUCCAAAGCAGCAGCUUUUAUCAAGACUCUGGUUGGAGAGAAAUACCUGUGGGCUGUAGUGAACAAUGCUGGAGUCGGAGUGCCGUCUGGUCCCGAUGACUGGCUCACUAUAGAGGAUCACAAGUCCAUGAUAGCCGUCAAUCUUUUGGGCGUGAUCGAUGUAACACUGAGCGUCCUGUCUCUGCUCAAGAAGGCCAGAGGCAGAGUGGUGAACGUGGCCAGCGUGUUCGGGAGGAUCACCACGUUUGGGGGACCGUACUGUUUGUCCAAGUACGGAGUGGAGGCCUUCAGUGAUAGCCUACGUUUAACCAUGGGACAUUUCGGAGUCAAAGUGUCCUGCAUCGAGCCCGGCUUCUUCAAGACCGGUUUGACUGAUGUGGCAAUCCUGCAGAACAGCCUGACUAAACUGUGGGGCCGAUUACCUCCGGAGGUCAAAGACGACUAUGGAUGUAAUUUCAUUGACGAAUCUCUUGUGCUGUGUGAAAAGAGGAUUAACCAGCUCGCAGACGGGAACCUAAUGAAGGUGGUCAACAGUAUGGAGCAUGCCAUCUCUGCCGUUUAUCCUCGGGCUCGCUACACCGUUGGAUGGGACGCCAAGUUUAUCUGGCUACCUCUCUCCUACAUGCCGAGCUGCAUCUGUGACAGAAUGCUUCGAAUAAAUAGUCCCAAACCAGCAUUGUCUGUACUGUAGCGUUCUUGACAGUUUAGGUGUAACAUGACGAGAACAACCUGUGUGCAUUCACACUUAAAGGUUGAAUACACUGACGGCUUCAUAUGACUGUUACAUCAUUGAAUAAAUCUAGUUUUCUGAAUUUACAAA